UGGAACAAUCCAUGCAAUCGAAGAUAUUGAAAUGCAUUGAAAAGCUUUAUUCAGAUAAUACGGAAUUACGAAAGAUUGCUGAGGACGUCUCAUGCGAGAUCGUAGUAAACAAAUUAAAUGUACAUUGGGAUGACGUUAUAGGCCUAGAAGAAUGUAAAACCGCUGUUAAGGAGGCCGUUGUGUAUCCCCUUAAGUAUCCUAUCUCUUUUGAUGGCCCGUUUUCCCCAUGGAAAGGUAUUUUGCUGUACGGCCCACCUGGUACAGGUUUUAUUUGAACUUGCCUAUAGUCAUUCGCCUACAAUUAUUUUUAUCGACGAGAUUGACUGGAUCGCCACAAAUAAAGGAGACUGUAUAUUGUCUGAACCUGCAAAGAGAUUCAGAUCAGAACUUCUUUCUAGAUUGGAUGGAUUAGUGUCUAAUGAGAAUUCUAAUGUAGUUCUUCUGGCUACAACUAAUUCCCCUUGGGGCAUUGAUGCAGCUUUACUCAGGCGUCUCGAAAAGCAAAUAUACGUAUCAUUACCCAAUGAAGUUGCUCGACUUGGUAUAUUCAAAUUAUACCUUAGCAACCACUUAUUAGAAAAUACAGAUAUUGUAAACCACAUAGUAAAAUGUACUGAAAGAUAUUCUUGUGCAGAUAUAAAAUUGCUUUGUAAGCAAGCGUGGCUACUAGAAAUAAGCCCGAUAUGGAGGAGACUUGAAAAGAAAGAAACACCUGUUACCACUUUGAAAUAUGAAUUAAAAAGUUAUGAAAUAUUAGCAAAAUUGUUAAAAAAAAUGUCACCUACAGUUAUGCAAAUAGAUAAAUAUGAUACGCGGAACAAAUAAAUACGCAAUCGUAAUGACAGAUAUUGAAAAAUAUAAAUAAAUGGAUUAUCGUUCGAGAAAUCAUUCGCAUGUGUGUGCAUGUGUGUAUGCGCGCAUGUGUGUGCGCGCAUGUGUGUCGUGUGUGUCAUGUGUGUGUGCGUGUGUGUGCGCGCACACGCUAUAGGCUAAGUUUAAAAUGUUCGGUUGUAUUAUAUCCUUGUAUUAUAUAUGUCGGAGAUGAAAGGAAAACCGGAGCCUUCCCUUUGCAAUUUUGAGGAAGCCUUCUAAUGCUUUAGCCUAGAUUUUAUCAUAACUGUAAUUAAGCAAUUGUCAUUUGUAAUUGUUUGAUAUUUGUGAAAGCGAAAGUGAGUUCGAGGUGACAACUGGUCGCCGAACGUAGCCACGGUCACGGGAUAAACGUUUUGCCUGACGAAGGUGUGGAUCGGUUGUAUUGUUCUCCCUAGAAAUCGCAUAGAAUUGUACUUUAGAGAUGUCGAUAUAAUGGGACACACGUUGUAUUAGGAAUCAAUCUCCAGACAGAAACUGCCUAGUAACGGCGUUUGAAUCUUUCUCGAUGUUUCCAAAGAGUAUACAACAAACUUUUGACAGAAAUUGCCUAGCAACAACGAUUGGAACCUUCUCGAUGUUUCCAGCGAGCAUAUAACAAACAAAUGCAGUCGGAUAGCGAAAAAGAUUUUCAUCAGAUAUUCAUUCGUGUGAUCGCCUUGGAAAGUGAUACAUCGAGCAAUUUACCGAGUGUCUCAGCAAUUGUAUUCUGUGUUUAAAAUUAUUCUACACAUAGUAAAGAGUUAUCCCGUUGACCGUGGAUUCGUUUGAACCCCGGAACAUUGUUAAUAGCGUUAAUUAAAUUCAUUAUUCGUGAAACCUAUCGAUCGUUAAUCUCAUUAUACGUUAAAUUCAUUAUUCGUAAGACAUAUUAUUCGUUCCUCUUAUUGUUCGUUAAACUUAUUAAUCUUUAAUCUAAUUAUUAGUUAAACUUAUCGUUUGUUAAUCUUAUUAUUUAUUAAACUCAUUAUUCAUAAUAUUUUGUAAAAUCUUGUUUAUUCGCGUAAAUAUAUUCUCUGUUUCGUAAAACAAUGGCUAAUUCAAACGAAGGAUCAUUACGCGCCUUAAAUCCUAAUGAUAACCCGACAUAUAUAUGUGAGUGUAUUUUAUCAAAAAUAUGUUUUUUAGUUUUUCUUAUCUUAGUAAUUAUUUUUAAAAAAAUAAAGUCUUAUAUGAAAAUAAA